AUGACCCUGCUGGGCAUCGGGAAGCGGCUCUGGCUUACCGUGCCACUCUUGGGGAAGGAGCAUGGCCCUCACCAGAGGUUUCUCUCUUCCCACUGGGGAGCAGUUGUGGCUGUUUACAUGAAGGAGUCCUGGUGGACCACUGAAGAUGUACUAAGAACCUCUGAUCCUGCAAGAGAAGGUCUGAUGAAGGUUCAGUCAUUUGGGGAAAGGAUUGUGCUUUUUAUUCUAAACGUCGUUAUUUUUGGAAGACUGGAGAGGAAUUUGGAUGAUGAUGACAUGUUUUUUUUACCUCACUCUGUGAAGGAGGAGGCUAAAAUUCUGUGGAGAGAUGGAGCAGCUGUUGGAUUUUACACAACCAAAAGGAAAGGCAGCCUGUGUGGUGAUGGCACGGGUGUGUGCUACCUGCUGCCUGUCUUAGACACCGUGUUUGUCCGGAGGAGCCAUCGCCGCCAGGGCCUGGGCCUGGCCAUGCUGAGGGACUUCUGCCAGACGUUCCGAGAGGACGAGGCCCUGGGCAUCAGCUGGCCCAUCUCCCCUGCCAUGUACCAAGUCUGUAGGAAGUUCCUGGCGGCGCAUCCAGAGGAGCGGGGGCGCCUGUGGGAGGCGGAGCCCCCAGGAGCCUGGGGCCAGCGAGUCAACAUCUGGCUGAAGGUUCAGCUUCAACAGGCAAGGCGUCCAGAUUCUCACCCAGGAAAUUCCAAGGAGGAAGUGACUGCUCUUGGGUGCACUUCUCAAGACGGUGGACCCGGAAUAUCCCAUAAUGGAGAAGACAACAAGGAGAGGAUCAGUGGAGAAGAAGUGGAGAAGAAAGAUCAAGAUUGCGCAGUGACAGAAGCAGCUGGGUGGCUUGCGAGAGCAUGCUGGGCUGAGCAGGAGGGGAAGGAAGCCAAGAGGACGGCGGUGGAUGCUGGGCUGCCCCCAGGGUCGUGGCGGAAGCACAUGCGUCCCAGCUCCUAACCCCUAACUCGCAGAGGCUGAGCUGAGUCCACCGAGAGGCUUGCCUAGGCUCCAGGGGACGUGGGUUUGAGAGCUACCUGCCACUCCAUGCUCCUGCCGCUGGGAGCUGGCCUCUGUCCUUGCUGUGCUGUCAUUUGAGGAGCAAAUGACCACACAGACCUUCCUACCUCAGGCUUGAUGUGUGGGCUCAGGUGAUGGGAAGCCUGAGAAGCCCCCCAUUUAAUCCGAAGGUGCUGUACAGGGGCAAGUAAUCAUUUUCCCACGCUCAGAUUUCAGAAGCCCAUUCAUUAAACCUAACAUGGUUUCUCUUGCUCAGGAUGAAUUUGUGAAGACUGCACUGGAACCACAUGACUACGCCUCUUUCUUCAGCACAAGGAAGCCCAGGGCUGCCCCGUCCACACUGCAGAAAUCCCUCUGGGGUUUGCCCACAGCUCUGCUGUAACUGCGAGACCCCAGACACCAGAGGGGUUUCCAAGGAGACAUGUUUCUUUCUGGAGAAGCUUCAGCCACGUCGGAAGAUCCCUGAGGUCAGGACCAGGCUGCCUGGUGCACACCCAGGCCUCUGGCUCACGUCUGGCUGGUGCAGGAGGCGCUCAGAGUGGACUCCAGGCGGGCACCAGGAUCGUAGCAGCACCUACUUCCCAAGGGAACCACCAGAGGGGACUUCAGGCUGAUGGCCCUUCUAUAGUAUUGGUGCCUUCAGCGGACAGGCUUGUGCUAAUAAAGGUGACUGUAAAGGUGACAUCCUGGCCUGCAUGUGACAGCAGCCCCCCUUUCUACAUACCUACACAGCCCUGCUCCAGCACGUGCCCAGCCGCCGUCAGGGUUCCUGCCCCCCCAGACCUCAGUGAGGACA